ACGAACGAGAAUGAGCGGACUGUUACGCCUUCUAAACAUCGGGGAGACUUAACCUGUUUCUCACUUUCAAGUGCGAAGAGUGCAGCUAACACGAACGAAUCUCGGCAUUCUCGCCGUCCUCUUUUCUUCCGACCGACGAAAGUCGAUCGAGCAGGAUCGAGCGAUCGAGGGCAUAUCUGUCGAUAAGACGGAUGGAGUAGCGCAUAGAAAAACUGCGAGGCAUUCGUAUUAAGAAAAAAAAAAAAAAAGCACCUUACCGAAGUGGGCGCGGCGAGUGGUGCGUACAUUCCUGAACGGAGUGUCGCACGGAGCGCGCUGGUGCACACGGCGGAGUCUGCAAUAAACAAACUCGAGGAAAUCGGGCAGCCGAAGCAGCAGAGUGGUCGUGCGCUGUCAAACCGUCGAAUCGGAGUUUUGCAAGAGCACAAGUGGCGGUCAGCUGAGAAAGACGAGAAACACACAUCCUCUUUGCAAACGGAGAGAUGGGCAGUACGGACAAGGCCGUGAUCACGGGGUUCAUAUGCAGACUCUGCAGCAAGAUGAACCGCUUCGUGAUCCACAUCUACGGCGAGGAGGGCGAGAGGAUGAAAUUGGCCGAGAAGAUAAACGCUUACCUGCCGAUUACGGUGAACAUAAACGACCCAUUGCCUAAGACUGCGUGCUUACACUGCAUCGAACGGUUAGAGGCGCAUCACGAACUAAUGGAACAGUUUAUGUUCGCCAGACGGAGAUUAAACACGGACAAUAAGACUACCACGGUGGCGUCAUCCUCCACGACGACUUCCACGACGACAGCCCCGACAUCGAGCCCACCCCCGUGUUGACAUGUGCAAUGGAAGAUAGCAAAACCCUUUUCGCUCAAUGCGCCAUUCACCGAGAUCGGAUAAUCCCUGCAUAAUUUCCCAUUUCAUUUAGCCCCCUAAGCCGGUGAGCGAUAAGUGAGGCGUGUAAAGAUAAAGAGUCACGACAGGAUCAAAGUAAAAUAAUGUCAAAUUCUAUAUUUUCUACACAUAACACAAUGUUUUCACGUGACAUUGCACAUUCGUUUCAGCAAGACUGAGUAUUCUUUCAUGGUAUUAGUGAGGUUUGAUGAAGGCUGCAUCAUGUCAGUGCACACUCUCUCUUGCCUUGGAGAAAAACAUUGACCAUAUAUCGAGAUAGCUUCAACGAGGUGUGCGCUUGCAUAUGUAGGCGAUAAAGGCAGCCUCUUUCGUUGAUUUAUACAAGAAAUCAUGUAAUGUCGCAUUGAUCUUUCUCGCUGACCUGCGUGGUCGGUAGUUUGCAACAAAGUAUGUAUACUUUUGAUGCGAACUGUUUUGGGCAAGCGCAAUACUAUUGAAAUAAUCGGAUGCAUGUUCAUGUUCGAGACAUUAUCGGGUAUCUGGCAGUAACUCGGCGUAAUUUCCGCGUGCGUUCUGAGAAUCGCGUCGGACAUUGAAUUGAGAUUCGUAAUUGAACGGAACACGACAAUCUAUUUUUCACCGAUUAGUUGUCGAAAAAAACUACAAACAAAUAUUUAACGCAAAAUGCGCGCGUUUCGAGACGCGUUAAAAGAAUUCUAUUGGUGUGUUAAUUUCAUUGUUCAACAAAUCAGCGUCUUAUAGGACGCAAAGGCAUGCAGCAAUAAAUAUCAAGUCAAAUGUCAACGACUAAAUUUUAAAAAGGUUAUUAGAUGUAAAAACGCGAACAAGUCCGAAAUCAUUCGCAAGGUUUGAAUUUUGUAUCUGUACUUGCAUUAAUCUACAAGUUCUUUAUUUUUUUUUUUUUUUUUUAGAAUAUUUCAUUACGAUGUCCAUAUUGUCUCGUGACAGAAUAAUUCUCGUCGUUACUCCGGGUACUCAAUACGUCGUCUCUUAGUCAUACGUACGUUUGUAUAUUAUUUUACGAGUCUUACAGUGCUUUCUUUAAAAGAUGUGUUUUACAAUA